AUGCUAACGAGCAACAAGGAGGUCUUGGAGGCAUUUAAUGCCACGUUUAAGACCCCGGAACCAAAGAUGGUUAGUGACCUUAGCUGCAUAGUUAUCAUAAGUGGACUGCCGACUCCAGAGGCUAGCAAAAGGAAGCGGCUCCUCAAAUAUGUUUACGAGCACAUUGUCAAGAAGUCUGGCGACGUGGCAGAAACUGAGCAUAUUCAGAUUCCACUGGACGCAAACGACGCCUGUAGCGGUUUCUGUCUUAUCCGGUUUGUUAAUCCCAGCGGCGCCGAGAAGUGUGUCAGAGAGUUUAAUGGCAACACCAGUAUCUUUGGAGAUGAUUAUCCGCUCACUGUGCGCCAGUAUAGCUACGUGGAAGAGCUACGCAAGUUACCCAAGAGCUACACUCCGCAACCGUACACGCCCAUCGAUUGUAGUGAGCGCCACAGACGCCUCUACUUCCCUCUCUCUGGCCGCAUAGACCAUGAAUUUCUUCUGUUGACAAAGACCAAUGUGAGCCGGUGUGCUUUCAACGGGGAGAAUAUUUCCAUUAUAAACGUACAACCUUGCGCUGACAAGCUUCUCGACGUCAGUUACUCACCAAUGGGCACCUACUUCAUAUACCAUUAUGAGGAAAGCAUUGUCUUGGUUCAUGACAACGGAACGACCAUCACCAUUUCUCACGAGUCGGACAGCCAGGACACUCACACCUUCAUCAGGUCCUUCAAGGUCUCUCCGUGUGAGCGUUUUCUGCUGACGUUUUCUUACACAGCUAACGUUGAUGAGCUGGACGAAUACGAUCUAGACAAGUUCCUCAAGGAUGUAGACGAGGCUGAGGAUGAAUUUGGGCUCUACCAGAAGUUUGAGGAGUCAAAGCACAUCACCGUAUCUGUCUGGUCCAUUAUUGAGCGCCGUAUUCUCUCUACACUGAACAAUGUGAAGUUGUAUUCGUACAAGAACAACGACGAUAGUUUAGUAAGACCCGAGGAUCGUGUCUUGUUCAGCUCGACUGGGAACUUGAUUUUGCUAAUGAGCAAUGAGCAGAUAUCUGUCUAUAAGGUUCAGCUAACCGAGUCUGCAAUCUAUGUAAUAAGCCUCCAAGAAGUCCUGUCAUACCCGAACACCACGUCACUCCUAUUCAGCCCAAACGGCCACGGUCAGGAUAUUGUGGCUAUCUAUCAGAAGUCUUCAGACAAGCAAAAGCCUUCAGUCUGCAACGUGCUCAACUUGAACGUCCCCAGCCACGGCCGUUCUGGUGUGCGAGUCCUUGCACAGAGGUCUUUCUUUAUCACCAAUGGCCGGCUAUUCUGGAGCGCAAAUGGUGGUUGUCUUGCAAUUAUCACUGAGUCCCAAAGCGACCAAAACUUAGUCUCUACUAUCUUUGUUAUCAUUCUCCAGGGAAACAGUGAGAGUGUCUCCUAUGAUAGACUGCAAGAGCUUGCGGGCGCAAAGGGGCUGGAAAGGAAGCCUCUUCGCCGGGACCUUGUGGUAAAAAUGGAGCAGCUCGAGCUCCCCCAAAACCUUUACAUUCAAAGUGCGUGCUGGGCUGCCACCGGAUCCAUGCUUGCUUUCAUUACGAUUCCUGUUGGAUCAUCUAAAGAGGCCCAGGAAGAAAGCCGAAAGUAUAUCAAGAUGCAGAAGCAGAGCAACGCUAAUUCCUUGCAGUUUUCUCUCAAGGCCCUGGACUCCUUCAUGAAGCACGCCGUUGAUGAGCGCGAAAUGCUCCUCAAUGACGGACAGGCUGCCAUCUACAUCUUCACGCUCCAGGAAAAGUACGGACUUUACCCCUGCAAGCUUGGCAAGCCAGUUUAUCCAGAGAUUGUUUCUGGAGAAGUUGUCGAUCAUGCCAACAGAAAGGCAGCGGUCGUAAAGAUCAAGAAGAUACCGGGCAUCACGGCCUCAGAGGUAAUGUUCUCUCCUUAUAACGACUACCUCGUCGCGCUGAAUCGCAAUGACAGAAAGGAGCAGGCUCUGAUCGUGAUCAAUACUAGUACUUUAGAGAAGACCUCUGCAGAGAUAGAGGUGGUAGACGGGUGCUCCUGGGACUCGUCUGGAAGGUACUUGAUAGCCCACAAGUACGGUGGCAAGUCUUCAUCAUUCGGAUUGUACAUUAUUAACGUCACGGGGAUGGUUGUCUAUCAAUCAACCCACGCGUCUCUGGUUGAUAAUCUCCUCAACACUAUAUGGCGACCUUACGACCAAGAACUUAUCAACUCCUGCGUCGAGAGGUCUCUGGAGAGCAUCUAUAAGUACUGUGAUGAAAACUACGACAAGCUGCUGUUUGACAAGACCAACGAUAGCUCCAUGAAGGAGCGAGUUGAGAAGAACAAGGCAGAGUGGCUUGCUCUUUACGAGGCAGAGACCUUAACAGCCGACGAACAGCGCACACUCAACAAGAACGUCCGUGGCUGCUUUGUGCUGCACGGCCUUGAUGGAAACCUUAGCGGAUUCGAUGAACAGGGCAACAUUCUCGACAAGAGCUUGUGGCUGGAGAAUGUACAAGAGACGGUUUAUAUCCUCGAGGAGGUGUUAGCAGGAAGCACAAUUCCACUGGAACAUUACAAGACGAUGUAUGGUGACGCAGACCCAAAAAGCGCAACCGCUGACCAGAAACCUGAGCAGGUGGAGUAA